UCCCUUCUCGCGAAUCCAGCACAGCGGUAACCCACACCGUGACGUCGUGACGGCCGUGACGCGGGCCAUGACCCAUCCGUGACGCUCCGGGAGCCGGGGGCGGGGGCACGGAGCGUCACGGCGCUCGGCGGCUGCUCCGGUCUGCUCCGGAUGGUGCUUGGCUCAGAGUGCUGGUAGAGGCAGCGCUGAAUGGCGCCGAAUCGUCGGAGAGCUCGGUCGCCGAGUGUGGUUGGUGGCAGCUGAGCGAACUGACGGAGAUAGCGUGAAGCGGUUGACAACGGGCUGGGGAGAGAGUUGAAUAGUGACUGUGCUCAGUGGCGACCGAUUCAGCGAAUCUAGAAGACAUAUCACCGAGCAUUGACCUCUCGACCGGUAGAUCAGUGCACGAGAAUUCGGCUUACCUGAGCCGAUCGAGGACGGUUUAAGCUGCAGCCGGUUUCUGGGUUUGUUUGUGUGUUUCGGUGCGCGGGAGAGUCAGUGAUCUGUUGUGGAAGGUGGUCCAUAAUUCGUCACCUGUGUCUGUGCUGUAGGUAGACGGGGACCGGUUGGCGGUCGGACAUUGAUCACUGGAUGACUGGGUCGCGGUCGGAUGCGGUCGGACGGCGGUCAGACCCGAUUAGGUAGAUCACCGUGCGGUCGUGCCUGCCGCUGCACUGGUCGGUAGAGCGGCGCUCGGCGUCACACCGCGUCAGUGCCAGUGAACAUCAUGUCGAUGUCGGAGCUGACUCGUGUGCUGCUGAUGGCAGCAGUGCUGGGAGGACUGCUGGCUGAGGCCGGGACGGUCAGUGCUCAAAGUGGUGACGUUCAACGGCUGGUGCGGCUCAGAAGAGCUCCACUCCGAAUCAGCAGAAUCAGCAAAUUCCGACCGGAGGACCCAACUUCUACCAGAUCUAGCCCGGUAACAACAUCUAGCCCUUCUAAGCCUGGUUCGAGCAGCCUGCAUUCUCCCGGAGAGGUUCAGGUUGUGACCAGUCUCCUUCGCUCCCACACGGCCUGGCCAGUCUGGAGGCCGCCUGUCUCUGUCACCACCGGCCAACCGCCGAGCACUGUUGAGCCAGGCGUGGAGGGUCAGGUAGAGAGGACCACAAUGGUUUCAGAGGUCACCGUACCCACGGAGGCGAGCGCCGGGGUAAAUUACCAAACGAAGCACCCGGAGCACUGCCUUCAGACGGAGCACUGGUCAGAGCACUCGGAGCACUCGGAGCUUCACGUUCAGACGGAGCACCCGGAGCAUCAGACAGAGCGACCAGAAACUCCGAUAGACCGCCGACCAGGAGUCGACCUGGAGCUCCAGUCGGAGUCCGAUCCUCCAAAUGAACACUCAGAGCUCCAGGAGUGGCCGGAACACCACCCAGAGCCCCAUCUUCAGACGGAGCCCCCGGAGAUCCAUCCUCAGACAGAGCCAUGGCCAGAGCCCGGUCCAAAUCCCGCCGGCAGCGGGGGAGGCCGUGAGACGGCCCCUGGACAGCUCCCCACUGAACCACCCAGCUCCGAGCUGACGGAGCGACUGGAGGACAUCAGCGCUCGCAUCCAGCUGGUCCGACAGAAGCUGUCACAGAGGCUGGACUCGCAAAUGAGAAUAACUGGCGCCGGUAACUCGCUGGUCACGCUAGCGGUGCUCGCGCUGGGAGUCCUCCUUUUCGACGCCAUCAACGACGCUCUGGCGGGCGGCGGGGGCGGCCGGUCCGCCGGCGGUCUCUGGGGCCGUCUGCUGGGUCCCGAGCUGCUGCGAUGGGCGACACCGCCGGACCGCUGGGACAGACUCCUGGCGGAGUUGGAAGAUGAGGAAGCGUCGGCAGGCCGGGAGGUGCUGCUCCCCGGGCCGGGAAUCAUCGGCGAGUACAUCAACAGUCUGCUGGAGAUCGGCCUCAACAUGAUCACAGUGUGGAUGCAUGGGGAGGCGGGCUCGCAGUGCGGUCGCCGUCUGCUGUGUGAGCUGAAUCAGAAGGCCCGCUCGCAGUCAGCACUGCACUCAGCGCUGACGUAUACGGGCGGCCUGCUGCUGUCACUGCUGCUGCCUGAGGCGUCUCCCUCCGACCAUCUGCUGGCCAUGAGGCAGGGACGGCGCGGAGCCGACUGUGUGGCCACCUUCGACCGGUGUCAGGUCACACUGUGA